UCUUGCAUCAGCCAAAAAUUCACGCAGCGUAACGAACACACGCUUUCGUUGAUUGUAUAGUUUAUGCCGCGUAAGAAGUGCUUUUUUGGACGCUAUGGCUAAAUAAAUCUUCGUGCCUUUGCACGACUUAAAUCUUCACAAAGAUGGCAAUUUUUUCAACUUAUGAUAACCAGUUGCAGUAUCAAUUAUUGAUUGCAAAACAUGAAUAUCGAAUCCGACAAUUUAAGCAUGUUCACCACAUUCUUUGGCCAAGAUGAAUUUCCUUUUUCAUUUGAUGAAGCAGUGAAAAGUCAUAUUGGUGAUGAAGAAAAUGUACUUGUUGAAAAGCUCCUUGAGUGUGAUGAGAUCAACAUUGACUCAGACAUCUAUCCUGAUAUUGAAGAGAUGAUGGCGAGGUGUUAUGUGAAGAAUGGAUGAACUCAAAAAUAGAUUUAUCAUGUGUGCCAGAUUCAUUGAAUGAGAACUUAAGUCAUGUGACUUUAAACAACAAUAGCUUGUCAAGUGUCGAGUCUCCUGCCAUUGUGUCCGCUCUAUUGGGGCAUUCUUCUAAAGAUUCCAAAGAGUCUAGUUUGGAUCUGCCAGAGAAAUCCACCAGUUCAUUUUAUGAAACUGCAUCACCUUUUUUCUCGGCUUUACUGAAUAAAGAGUCAGUUCACAGGGAGAUUUUUUAUUCUGAUGACAUCGCUGAGGACAGUCCUACUCCUUCAUCACCAGAACAACAUGUCCCUAAUGUGGAAUGGAAAUUGAAAUCACAGCUUGAUGCAUAUCUAAACUUGGUCCAAAUAAUCUCAAAGGAAGAUCAUGUAUACGUUGAUCAUGCUGACGAUGAAGUGUUCAAUGAUGAUUCAGUGAACAUUGCAAAUGGCAUUGAAACAAAUAAAUCAUGUGAUCCUGUAAAACACGGACUAAAAUCAAAAGUCAAGACUCCCGAACAAAAACAGAGAAAACGGCUGCAAAAUAGAACUGCGGCCACGAGGUAUCGAUCAAAGAAACGAAGUGAGCAAGAAACGCUAAAUGCCAAGGUAUCUGAACUUGAGGAGGAAAAUAUCAAACUCCAACAAGUUAUUGAAAGCAGGAAGCAAGAAAUUAGUUUCUUGAAGAAUUUGGUUGUUGAUGUUUUGAUGAGGAAAGCUGACUAUAUAAAGUUCACCAAUUCAACUAUCAAAUAAUGUAGAAAUUUAGUGACUUCGAUUUUAUUCUAGCAUUUUGUUCUGUGGUAUUUAUUAUUAAGUAUAUUAAUCUAUGUAUUAUAACCACCAUCACUGACUUUAUAUAACCAAUCUGUAUUAAGUAUGGCCAAGUGGGUUGCAUUUGUAGUCAUUAAAGGCAACAUUAGCUUGUCAAAA